AGAUCAUCAGUCCAACUAGAUCAGAUUGCAAAAUAUUGAUAAAGAGAGAUGUUCAGUUAAUAAGCAGUGAGGAGUAUUGCACAGUUGUAUGGCAAAUGUGAAGGAAAGACUUCAUGUUCCUCAAGAUGAAGGAUGAGCAGAAGACCAGCUGAAGAAAAUUGCCCCAGAAGAUGGAGAUACAAAAAAACCUGAAUUUUCCCUGGGAUAAUCCUCAUUAAACGCUUCGUACCUGUUCCGUAAGCGCGGCGCUGACCGAGCAAAAGUGGUUCUGGUGUUCUGGUGUGAUUCAGUCCGGUCAGAAUUGCGUUUCAUCAGCGCUCGCAACAGCGCCUGAAAAAGAGAGAGAGAGAGAGAAGAAUUCAAGCAAGGAUGAAGAAAUUCAAACGGGGUCUGUGCCUUGUGCUGAAGAUGAUGGAGUGGUUUUCUCCAGUAUCAGAGUAACACACAAAGAAGGAGCAGCUGCGGUGGCAGAUGCAAAGAAUGCCUCAGUUUGGUUAACAGGGACACUGGGAGAGAAGAUACCAUCUUUUGCUUCUGCAGCCUGGGGGAGGACAGGUAGAAAUAAAAGAUUGGAUUAAAGCUCAAGACUCCCACCCAGCUCCCUGUCUAUGACUCACUAAAAUGCAACUUAGCCAGUGAUCACGCUGUGAGGGGCCUCGAUCACUCCAGGCCCGUACCUCUGCACUGACCCUGCAGCUGGAGGUGCGGCCAGGAGCAUGAGCGUGGGAAGAAUCAACCGCUACAGCAUUGUGUCAUCUGAGGAAGAGGGCCUCCGCCUCAGUACCAUGCAUGGUAUGAACGGCUUUGGCAAUGGCAAGCUCCACACACGCCGCAAGUGCCGCAACCGCUUCGUCAAAAAGAAUGGCCAGUGCAAUGUGCAGUUUGCCAACAUGGAAAAUAAGUCGCAGCGCUACAUGGCCGACAUCUUCACCACGUGUGUUGAUAUUCGCUGGCGAUGGAUGCUGUUAGUCUUCACUCUUGUGUUUGUUCUCUCCUGGCUGGCCUUUGGCUUAGCCUUUUGGGUCAUUGCUUUGCUGCAUGGAGAUCUGGAUAACCCCGCCGGAGAUGACAACUUCACUCCUUGCGUCCUACAGGUCAAUGGAUUUGUGGCCGCCUUUCUAUUCUCCAUUGAAACACAGUCUACCAUAGGUUAUGGCUAUCGCUGUGUGACUGAAGAGUGCCCGGUGGCUGUCUUCAUGGUGGUCUUCCAGUCCAUCGUGGGUUGCAUCAUUGACUGCUUUAUGAUUGGCGCCAUCAUGGCCAAGAUGGCGAGGCCUAAGAAGCGAGCACAAACGCUGUUGUUUAGCCACAAUGCUGUCAUUGCCAUGCGGGAUGGAAAGCUGUGCCUAAUGUGGAGGGUGGGGAACCUUCGCAAGAGCCACAUUGUAGAGGCCCAUGUUAGGGCACAGCUCAUCAAACCCCGGAUCACUGACGAGGGGGAAUACAUUCCUCUAGACCAGAUAGACAUUAAUGUGGGCUUUGAUAAAGGUCUGGACAGGAUUUUCUUGGUUUCCCCCAUCACUAUUCUCCAUGGGAUAGAUCAGGAGAGCCCCCUGUUUGGGAUCAGCAAACAGGACUUGGAGACAGCAGACUUUGAGAUUGUCGUCAUCUUGGAGGGGAUGGUUGAAGCGACCGCCAUGACCACGCAGGCUCGCAGCUCCUACUUAGCCUCUGAGGUCCUUUGGGGUCACCGUUUCGAGCCAGUCUUGUUUGAGGAGAAGAACUUGUACAAGGUGGAUUUCUCUCACUUUCACAAAACCUACGAGGUGCCGUCCACCCCCCGCUGCAGUGCCAAGGACAUGGUUGAGAACAAGUUCUUAGUCCCGAGCUCUAACUCUUUCUGCUAUGAAAAUGAGAUGGCCUUCCUCAGCCGCGACGAUGGGGAGGAGGAUGUAGGUGGUGGUGGUAGCAGGGCACUGGCAAACCUCAGUCCAGACAGGAACAGCCGACAUGAGUUUGAACGCUUACAGACCACCAGGGUGCUGGAUCAAAGGUCAUAUCGCAGAGAGUCGGAAAUAUGACCUCGACCCAUUGACCCUGGAUCAACUUUCAAUAACUGUAUCCAAGGGUGAAAUGCAGAACAAUGCAAAGUGCCAUAGGAAAAGCUGACUACUGUAAAAGUUUGGAAAAUAAAUAAGACAACAGUAAACUGGAA